UUAUGCACGCUCCAAUUCUUUGCUCGGUGAUCUCAUAUGACCUUGCUGGACGCCGGUGGUCAUGCUAAUCAAACAGAGCACGAGCGUGGACCGGACACUAAGCGCCUGCAUGACAGCCGAGGGAAGCCAAUGGCUAGGUCUUAUACUUCACUGUAUCUCUGAUCAAUUCCCUUUCUACUCAAUCUCACGAGUGCUCUAUGUAGCCUCCAUCUCCGCACUGCUUUCUCUCGGUGGCAGGUAUCAGCAUGGUUUCCUGGCUCUUCGUUGCCGUGGUUGUUUGGUUGUUCCGCUAUGUUCGCCUUAUUGUUAAUUGUAUAUCCCACUGGACCUAUCGACCGCGGCGAAUCCCCGAAAAACCAACUUACUUCUCAGAUGAUGCCACCGUCGUCCUGGUUACCAUUGCCACUGGUGGCGAGGAAUUAGAGACGACGAUCCGCACCACCUUGCAGACCAACCCCUUCGAGCUCAUACUAUCUACCGUGGAUGCCAACGUCGACGCCCUGACUAAGCUGGCAUACGCCAUAGAUGCAAAGCGGAUCAGGGUGGUGAGCAUCCGGGAGGCCAACAAGCGUAGACAGAUGUGCAGGGCAAUCCCUGAAGUGAAGACGAAAAUCACCGUCUUUGUCGAUGACGACGUUAUUUGGCCACCCAAGGUCUUGUGUUGGAUGCUCGCACCCUUUGAGGACCGCAGAAUUGGCGGAGUUGGGACCUCGCAGAGGUUGAAGACGCCGAAGUAUUGGAGUGUUUGGAGUUUCCUGGGUGCUGCUUACCUCGAAAGACGCAACUUCGAUUGCUCGGCGUGCUUGCAUAUUGAUGGUGGUCUACCGUGCCUGUCCGGAAGAACCGUCGCUUACCGUACCGAUAUUCUCCAGGAUGAGACCUUCACGCAUGGCUUUACCCAUGAGGAGUGGCAGACGAACCAGCUGAAUGCAGAUGACGACAACUUUAUCACUCGCUGGCUUUACUCUCAUGGUUGGCAGAUUACUAUGCAGUAUCACAAAGAAGCCGAGGUUCACACAACGUUGGAAGACGGCCCUAAGUACCUCAAGCAAUGUCUUCGAUGGGUCCGCAGUAAUUGGCGAAGCAACCUCACCAGCAUGUUCAUUGAGCGUCACUAUUGGUGGACACAGCCUUGGAGCACGUACGCUGUGCUCCAAACCACAAUCACAGCAUGGGCGCUGCCUUACGACGUGUUCAUCUUCUACUCAUGGUACCAAGCAUCACAAGGCUGGAGAGAAGAUCACCGCAUACUAUUGCUGGCUGCUCUAUGUCUCUGGACCUUGGUCUUCAGCAAAACGGUCAAAAUAUGGGGACUCUUCAUCCGCUACCCCAUUACCACUCUUUUCUAUCCCUUGUAUGUCGCCUUUGGCUACUAUCACGGUGCGAUUAAGCUCUGGGGUCUGGUUACCCUCAGUGAAACAACCUGGGGCAGCAGAGAUGGUGCAGAUGCGGACAACCGUAUGCGCAUGAUCCCACUACCUCCGUACGACUCGCCACAGGCACCCAGUCGGGCAUCUGUAUCGUUCGACCUACCCGAGACCAUCUUAAUACGAGGCGAAGAUCCGCCCGCUUACGACCCACAGAGAAUGCAUGGACAAGGCGUUCCAUUUACGACCUAAAUUCACGACUAACGACUCUCUACUUCCGCAUUGAUACCCAGGCAUCUACUUCGAC